AUGGUCAAGUUACUCAGUUAUUGGGUGAUUCUAGUACUGGUGGCCUUUUCGGAGGCGCAGGAGUCCGAAGAAGUCGAUACAGUGGCCAGUUCUGUUGGAGAUUUAACUGAAGAGAAAUGCAACAAAAAAAGAGAUGGCUGCUGCUCUGAGCUCUAUAUAGGAGAAGAAGAGGACCUGGUCAAAUGCUUCACUAUACACUCGGCCAAAUUACCAGCGGACGGGGAUAGUGACAUAGGCAAGACCCUGAGGUUUCUAUCGUGCUUUGUGGAGUGCCUGUACAAGCAGAAGAAGUACAUUGGCAAGAGCGAUACCAUCAACAUGAAGAUGGUCAAGCUGGACGCUGAGAAAAUUUAUGCGGAUCGGCCUAAGGAGAAGGAGUACCACAUCGAAAUGUACGACUACUGUCGAAAGGAUGCGGUGGGGGUUUAUAAUCUUUUAAAGGCAAGUCCCGGGGCAAACGUUCUUCUGAAGGGCGCCUGUCGUCCCUACCUGUUGAUGGUCUUCAUGUGCAUGAGCGACUAUCAUCAAAAGCACGAGUGUCCCUACUUCCGCUGGGAGGGCACCACCAAGGCGGGAACGAAGGAUCAGUGCGAGGAGGCCAAGUCCAAGUGCUACCUAAUUGACGGAAUAACGCUAGCCACAAAGAGUUCUGCCUGA